AUGCCGCUCAUCAUCCUCGCCGGCUUCCCCACCUCGGGCAAGAGCACGCGCGCAAGGCAGCUGCACAAGUAUCUCGAGGAACGGAUACAGUCGCAAUCGCAGCAGUCGUCGUCGGGGGGCGGCAGCAGCAGCAGCGCGCCUCCAAAGUACCGCCUCCACCUCAUCUCGGACCAGUCGCUGUCCAUUUCGCGGUCCGUCUACGACCUCUCGACCCUGCCGGCGCACGUCCGCUCCGCCAACGCCUCGGAAAAGGACGCUCGCGCCACCAUCUACGCCGCCGUCAAGCGCGUGCUCUCGGACAAGGAUAUUGUCAUCCUCGACGGCCUCAACUACAUCAAGGGCUGGCGCUACCAGCUGCACUGCGAGGCCAAGGCCGUCAGAACCCCGAGUUGCAUUCUGCAGAUUGGCAGCGGCAAGGACAAGGCGCAAAAGGUCAACGAGGAGCGCCUGCAGCGGCAAAAGGACCGCGAGGCCGCUGGUGGUGAGCCGGCAGGCGAUGACGAGGCCGAGGCCCCGUACUCUCCGGAGAACUGGGAGAAUCUCGUGUUUCGCUAUGAGGAGCCCAACCCCAUGACAAGGUGGGACAGCCCGCUGUUCACGCUGGUAUGGGACGACGACGAGGCGCAGACGAAGCAGGUCUUUGACGGCUUGUGGGACGCCAUUGCCGGCGAGGGACGCAAGAUUAUCAAGCCCAACCAGGCCACCAUCCAAAGGAGCCGCGACGCCGGCGGCGACUACUUGUACAUUCUGGACCGGGAGACUCAGGACAUUGUCAAGCGCAUCCUGGAUCAGCAGUCCGACGAGGGCGGAGACGAGAUCGUGGUGCCCAAGGGCUCCGGCAGUGGCGAUGAAACCCUCAGCAUCGAGCUUCCCGCCGGGAAAAAGGUGGGGUUGCCGCAAUUACAGCGCCUUCGUAGAGCGUACAUGGGACUGAACCGAGGUGGUAUUGGACUGGAGACGGUGGGAAAUCUCUCGGGGCCGAGUCGCAUUAGGGAAAGCUUUGUCAGGUAUCUCAACGACUCUUUUGAGGCUGAUGGAUAG